CGUGACCGGGACCUCGUGUUCCUGCCGCCGCAGAUGCCUGCUUGGUGACGUCACGCGCGCGGCCUCUGCGCAUGCGCGGAACCUUCUGACUAAAUCGAAGGGGGAAAAAAAAAAAAAGAAAAAAAAAACAACAACCACCAGAUAAUCUUUCUUUUACCCCCCCUCCCUCCACCGGAGUGUUCAUAUUUGAGGGCAAUAACGCGAGGGGGGGUAACCUCGGCUACAAUAAGCGCGUAAAGAAGUUCCGGGCGACGGCGGCCGUCGUGAGAUUGGAGGGGAAAAAAAAAAAAAUAAUAUUGCGAGAGAAAUGCAUUUCUUAGGCAAUCAACAAAUACAGCUGAUGGUUUAGACUACUUCUAUAUUUUUGCAACAAUGGAGGAAGAGUCAACUGAGAGAGGUGGUCCAGAAGUUGGAAGCAAACCCUCAUCAAAAGCGCCUGCUUUCUUUUUCAUACUUCAUCCGUCACAGGGUGAUGGUUCAAAAGAAGAGGGGAUCUUGGUGGCCAACAAGGAUGUAUCCUCUGUGGCACCAUUUAUAACAACUGGUGCCAAUGAAUCAAAAUCUGACUUCUUCCUUUCAUCUAAUUGUACAUCUGGGGAGAUCACUGUGACCCUGGAUAAUAACAACAUGUGGAAUGAAUUUUACCGCUGCAACACUGAGAUGGUCUUAACAAAGCAAGGAAGGCGCAUGUUUCCCUAUUGCCGUUAUUGGAUAUCUGGUUUAACCCCACAUCUGAAAUACAUCCUUGUUAUGGACAUCACUCCAUUGGAUAAUUAUCGGUAUAAGUGGAAUGGAAAGUGUUGGGAACCUGCAGGGAAUGCAGAUCCACAUGUUCUCGGUAGGGUCUUCAUUCACCCAGAGUCUCCCUCUACAGGGCAAUAUUGGAUGCAUCAGCCAAUUUCUUUCUAUAAACUCAAGUUGACCAAUAAUAUUUUGGACCAAGAUGGCCACAUCAUCCUUCACUCCAUGCACCGCUACUUGCCACGGCUACAUGUGAUACCUGCAGAAACAGUCACUGAUGUAAUACAGCUUAAUGGACCCAAUGUUCACACAUUCACUUUCCCACAAACAGAAUUUAUUGCAGUUACAGCAUAUCAGAAUUUCCAAAUUACACAGCUAAAAAUUGAUUGCAACCCUUUCGCCAAAGGUUUUCGGGAAGGGACUGUAACGGGACGACCAGCUAAAGAUUUGAAACAGAAAUCUUCAGAUCAGGAAGUGGACUCUUCAAUAAGUAAAAGUUCAGCCGAAGAAAAUGAGGAUUCUGGAAGUAUGAAAAAGCUACAGGAAUUAUUCAGAAUGUCUGAGUAUUUCGAUGGCGACAAAGAGAAUGAAGCUGUCAACUCUGAGCAGGAUUUCCUAAAGCUUAGCAGAUCAGCGUCUGAAUUUGGCAAAAUUUCUAAACAAACUGAAGAGGUGAUCAAAAGGGUCAAUGAACACUUCUAUAGGUCGUCUCUAGCUGCACCCACAGAGCAGCCUAUUGUUGAAGUUAAAAAAGAACCUGAAGAUGACUAUGAUUACAAUAAGCCGGUAACCAUGGAAGGCGUAACUGUAAAGCAAGAGCAGUCUGAUGCUGAAGUAACAGAUGACCACUACAACAGCGAUGUUGACUAUCCUAUAUUGGAGAAGCACUUUGCAAAGUUCAAAGAAGAGCCUUACUUGGAUGAAAAAUACUCUUCGGGUAGCCCAACAGGGGUUACAAAAGCUAAAUUAUUGAAACAGGAACCGGGCAGUAUGCCUGUGUUACACCUGGAGCCUUGUGCUGCUGAAAAAAACAACCUUGAGACUCCCGAUUUACAAAUGCCUGUCUUGUCUAAAACCGCAUUACAAGAUAUAGAUGUAGAUAAUUCCGCACUUUGUAGAGAGAACCCUUCUAUUCUUCCAAGCCCAAGCGUUAAGUCACAUGUUGAAGAUGACGGUUGUGUAAAAGGAAAAAGAAGAAGAAUAUGUAAAAACAAGAUCGAUGAAAUAUAUGCAACCCUUCAAACUGCACUGAGAACCUCCCGUGGCCCUAAAAGGAAAUUCCCUUCACUGAUCCCUAAACCUUCAGUAACGCCAACCCCUGGAAGUGAGGGCACUGUGGCACCCAUAGCGAAAAAAAGAGGGAGGCCGCCGAAGCCUAAACUUGCUAAGGUAGGGCGCCCUCCAAAAAUCCACGAAGCUCCACGAUUGUUACCAGAUUUCAAUCCAGACCUUGAAGAUGUGGACGGAGUCUUAUUUGUUGCUUUUUCCUCUAAGGAAGCUCUAGAUGUUCACACAGAGAAAAAACCUACAGAGACUGUAUCUACCAGUUUUUCUACUGAAACCUCCACAGAACUAACAGAGGAAAUGCAGAAGAUUUUAGGGUUGGAGCGGCAAUUGUUGAUUCAUUUGAAGACCAUGAAAUACAGGCAGGUCAUCCACCCAGCUCUACAGCAAGUGGGAAUAAAAUUGAACAUUGUGGAUCCUUCUAUGAGCAUUGAUCUGCGGUAUCUAGGAGUAGAGCUUCCACUGCUUUAUAUCACCAGUGAUACAAGAUAUGAUGAUACAGGAUUGUAUGGACAAGCUUCAGGAUUGCCAUUUGUGUCCAGGACUGGGAAAACCACUGACUACACAAAGAUAAAAGGCUGGCGAGAUAAGUUCUCUACAGAAUCGGCAACUUCAUCACAAAAAAUUAAAAUUGAAGGUGGCCGAUCGGAGAGCUCUGUAAAGAAUCUCUCAGCAUUCUGCAGCGAUGAACUUGAUGAGUAUCUAGAGAAUGAAGCAAAAUUAAUGGGUGACUUCAAAGAACUGACUCAGAAUGAGCCAGAAUCCUCUAUCAGUUAUCAGCUUCCUACUAAAAGCAGCAGUUACGUGAGGACACUGGACAGUGUGCUGAAGAAACAAGCACAACAAGCAGUGUCUUCUGUAAGUGGUACAGAACAGGUUCCCUUGCCAAGAAAAAAACGCAAGUAUACCCGCAGAGUGCCACUCCCCCCCAAAUCAGAUUCCAAACCAAGAUCUUCAGUACAAGCCCCUCUUAUUGUAAAGGAGAAGUCAACUAAACCAUACGCUUCAAUAAAGAAGGAGCAUUCUCCAUCACACUUUUUGAACACACUAACGUCCACACCAAUAAGUCCAAUGGAAUACCUUUCCAAGUCCCAGCCUAUGUUAACACCAUUAGAGGGUGAGCACGGUGGCACCGUGCAGAACAACAUAGGGAAUUCUGUGGAGGAUGACGCUCUCCGAAAUUUCCAUCAAGUUCAGUUACAGAGUCAGCAAAUUGUUUCAAAACCUAUUGGGGUUUCCAAAGCUCAGAUGAAGCUUAUUGAUUUGGAAGAAGGUGCGGUCUGCGAAGGAAAGCCACGCACUUAUAUCACAGAGGAACGCGCAGAGCUUUCUCUCUCCACUCUUCUUACAGCCCAGGCUUCACUAAAGAACAAACCUAUCCAGAAAUUGAUCAACAAGAGGAUAAACUCGUGCAACUAUGAUUUUUGCCGUUUAGGUUGCAUUUGUUCCAGUUUAGGGUCUACAAAGCACCAGAUAACUCACUGCCGCCAUGAGACCUGCAUGUUUAGUAGUGACUGUCAGAAGAACACGUACAGUGAAAAACAUGGGUUUGAGGUUAAACCAAGCACUGCAACAGACGAUGAAGCAGAGAGUGAUUUCUCUUCUAUGCCUGGAUAUGGUUACACACCUGUAAAGGUAGAACCUGGAGUUGAAUCUCCAGAUGAAAAACAGAUUAAGGAACACCAGGAAACUUCCGUGGAUGGCUUCCAUGACCGAGCCAUGAAAGGCAAAAAGAGAAAAUCUAAUGAGAUUGAUGACGAGACCUCAGAUGUGCGGACACCAGUAGGUUUUCCUAUUUGGAAUAGAUCUGAUGUAGCGGAUGAUCCAGAGCCCCUUUGUAUUCCUGAACAGGCUGAACAUCCUGAGCUGAAAAUUGUGCACAAAGGACAUGUGGAGAAGGUCAGGUCUCUAGGGGGAAGUAAACCCGGACGUCCAAGCACUAUGGCGCAUCCAGAAGACCCAGUGUAUUUGUACUUUGACAACAUGAUGACGUGUGCCCGAGUCCGUGCCUAUUCACGUAAAGCACUAGAGGAAAAGAAAGUAAAAGAUCAAAGCAUGUGUGACUUUGACGCUAAUAGCAAGGAGCAUGACCUUCACUCAACCAAGGCCAUUGAGCAAGAAAAGGAAGCAAACAAAGAUGAAUAUAUAGACAAAAGGUGCAAAUCGGUUGACAGCAAUGCCUCAACCAAGCUCAUUGAAAUUAUCUCAGACUGCAACGGGAAAGAGGAUGAGAGUAAAGUGUUAAACAUCACGUCGCAGCACAUGACCAGCAGUGAGCCACAGUCCUUUAAGUUGGGAAGCUUUGAUAUCGAGCUGAUGCAUGAAAAUACGAGUGAAGAAAAGUCCACUUCUAGUUCUGUUUGUUCUCGAGUAAAAAUUGCAAUGUCUGCAGAAAAGCAGGCAAAUUCUACACCUCCAAAGCCAAAGCCUGUUAAAUGGAAAGCCGAGAAUGUGAAGCCCCCAGAUAAGGAACCUGAAGAUAGUUGUGCGGAUAAUCAAGCAAAGUCUCAUGGAGGGAAGGGGCUGCCAUUUUACACCAAAGUUCAUCCAGCUGGCAAACUGGUGGCCCGAUUGAAGACGUCUAACAUCAGUGAAGCAGAGCUAGUUGAGGUCAACGGCAAGAAUUACCCUCAAGCAAAGCUGCUUUUGGGGCAAAUGGGAGCACUUCAUCCAGCUAACAGGCUUGCAGCUUAUGUUACGCGUAGACUUCAGCCUAGCCUAUUUCAUCUUCCCAAAGUGAGUGAAGUCAGGUGCAAAAGGGCUACUAAAAGUCCUUCAGAGUCGACAGCUGAAGAUAAGUCAGAAGACGUCUUCACUCCACCGCAGAAUAAGACUGCUGCACAAUCCAGGCCUAGCAGCAGGCUCACUCACUUUGUCAUGGGUGAAGUUGGAUCAAUGCAGAAAAGCCGUGGAGUCAGCUCAUCUGAGCCCACCAUACUUGUGUCACCAAAACAGAGCACCCAUUCUACUCGGCUCUUAUUUGUAUCUUCUUCUGUGGCAGCGGGAAAGCAAGCCCCAGCUAUUUCUACCACUUCUACGAACCUGGCGUCUUUAUCCACCACAUCGCUCUCUUCUGCUGCCUUAAGCGCUGUGUCAGCCCCCAAAGUGAAAGUGACACAGUCACUACCAACAUUAAUGCGUGUAACAAAAAUAGUAACAAAAGGCUCUUCUCUGUCCCUUCCCGCAGGCAUAGUAGUUCCUUCCACUAAUGACACUGUUUUACCAGCACUGACUCCAGCAGUGGUCAAACCCUUAGCCACUACAGGGAGUACAUCAUCAGACUCCCUUUCCAGUAAUCCUGGUAGUAAUAAAAGUAGUGGUACUCCAAUAUCAAAUGUAAUAGUAUCACCCAAUGUAACACAAACUGGAUCAGUAUCUUCUCAAGUUGGCUUAAACAUUACAUCCCCAUUGACUGUAAAAACAGUAGCCGCUUCUUCCGCUUCAACAACGAAUUCUUCUGGAGUGACCUCAGGAAAACGUUUAGGCCCCCGACUUCUUCUGAUUCCUGUAAACAGCUCCUCUGCUUCUUCGUCUCGCCCAGUACAGUGUUUGCAGACCUCUCCUGGACAGAAGAUGGUUCUACAGCCCAUAAAGAGAUCUAAUGGUGCCACUCUGUUUAGGCACCCCAGUGGUCAGCUUAUUCAGCUUGUUCCAUUGCAAGUUAACUCUGCUAAUUCUCAACAAAGCAGACAGCACAUUGUCAUCCGUAAUCCAGGUUCUGUGGGUGUCCGUCUUCCUCUUCCAACAAAUCCUAAAGCUGCAGCAACCUCUUCUAUUUCCAUUCCAGCAUCUAUCAUAUCUCGUGCUUCUGCUCCAGCUAAAUUAUCUGUAGUCUCUCCUCCUAAGGUCAUCUUAAAUAAAUCUGGGGUGACAAUUCUUUCACAAAAUCCACCAAUGCUUUCCCCUUUGGGCACAUUUGCAUUGAAAACAUCCUCACCUACAAGUAAUAGUGAGGCACCACCCCUCACUUCUCCGAAAGUUAUAACUUUCACUGGUAGCAGACGUGGCGUCCUUGCAUCUAAUGUGAUGAUCCUCCAAUCAGGAAAUGUUUCCUUGGCAAAUAAUCCUCCGCCUACAGCGCAAAAUGACAGCCCUGUAAAUCCUGCUACAAAAUCUGACAUAACAAUAAUGGGUAAUAUGCCUGACGCUCUGAGUGAUCCAAAUAAACAAGAUAAGGAGCUUUCUGAUCCGUCAUUAAGUCUUCUGCCAUCUGGCUCAGGUGUAGAGAAAAAUGACAAGGAACCCGUCAGAGAACGCGAUGAGCAACCUGCAUCUGAGAUUGUAAGUGAGGAGAAGGAAGCUGAGGAGCAAGAGUCCACAGAAGAGCAGACCGAAUCUGUGCCACAGGAGGUCAACACCUCAACUAAAGGAAAGAAAUGUCAGAAUGGACAGCAAGAACAGUCCCAGCUUAGUAUGGAUCCCAUUGAUGAAUUCCUUGCCUCAGAUGUAACCUUGUUACAAGAAGCUGAGAAGAAAGAUGUCCAGAGUCUCUUGACCAGGAAAGAAGAAGGUCCAGCAGAAAAAGGGGACGGUCAACAAAGCCCAGCAAAUAAAAAUACCAAAAGUCAAUUGAAAAAUGAGGAUAGUAGUCGUGUGACCUUAGUAUCGGAAUACAUACAAGAACAAGUAGCUGCAGGGGUACAGCAUCGUAUACAGGCUGAAAGUGAGGAGAAAGCGGAAGUAUUGUUAGAAGAAAGAUCCACAGAAUCCCAAGUCUCUGCAUUGUCAUGUGAUCAGGAUAGCAGUAAAGGUCUCCGAGCAGAUCCACAGAUAAAGCAAACUUUUUUUGACGACAAAGAAAUUCUGCAGAACCUUCAAUCUGAAGAUGAAAGUGAUGUCGAUGACUUCGUUGAUAUUGAAAGUCUGGAAGAUCUUUCCGAGAACACAAGUGAAGCUCAUCUGAAGGCAUCUGCAACUACUGACAGCAUUCAAGAAAAUGUAUUCAAUGACCGCAAGAAGGGCUGUAAGAGUGGAAUUGAUGAGGACGUGGACAUUGAAACUGUGGAAGAGCUUUCUGAGAAGAUAAAUAUAGCCCAUUUGAAGGCAUCUGCGACCUCCGAUAGUGACAAUUAUGCAAACCAUUCCAAAGAACGCAAGGGUUCUACGGUUCCGGGAGAGGACACAUUUUCAGCAACAGAAGACGAUUCCACCGUUCACGUAUUUCAUCGUCAUAACCACACACAGAAUGAGCGGAGGAGACGAAGUGAAUUAAGAGAUCUUUUUGACGAACUGAAAAAUGCUCUCGGUCUUCAUAGUCUUCCUAAAGUGUCGAAGAGUUAUAUCCUUAAACAGGCCAUAAAAGAGACUAUGAAUUUGGCAGACACCGCUGACACACUUAUUAAGAAAAAGAUGAUGUUAUCCCAGGCACAAACUCAGCUGAUCAGGAAAGUGUCAAAUCUUUCAGGGAAACCAAAAGAGGUCGUGCUGAAGAAACUGGAAUAUUUGUACGCAAAGCAGAAAGCUAUGGAGGCAGAAGUGCAAACAAAAAACUUGGAGGAUGAUGUUGCUCCCCACAAAGCAUCUAUGAAUGUUCCUUUACCGAGGAUAGAGACUUUUCUUCCCUUGAAGCUGGGGGAGGACAGUAAUGAAAGGCAAAGUAGUCAAACUAAGAAGCCUAUCAUACUUACAAGGAAACCUGUGUUGUUGUCAAAAGAGGGAAAACAGCAGUCUGGGGUCUGCACUACUUCGAAUGUUCUAUUGGUAUCUCCAGGGCAUCAGGAUCAUAGAAUAGCAGGACAGGUUGCUGGUAUUCCUCCCACACUCAUACAAGCCACUCUGAGUCCUGUGCAAGUGAAGUCAGGAACUUCUAUGGUAAUUCAGCUUCCGAGUACAAUAGAAUUGAAAAGUAUUAUUGGUAACAGUCCUGUACCCAUCUCCUUAUCUACUGUGCCAGGCAACAUUUCUAUAGAAACUUCUCCAGGACCUGCAUCAGAAAAAGAUGACCUGUCAAUGAUGCCAAAGAUCGUGAAUGUUACCUCUUUAGCUCUAGGAGCUAAGUCAGACGUGGCCAGCGAAUUGGGACUUGUCAUGCCUGAUACAGAGAGGGACUGCCAGUCUGCUGUUCUCUCCCAAGACUUUGGAAGAGCGGAGUCUUGUAUAAGAAGUAAUGCAUCAGUCCAGGAUGUAAGUUAUGUGACCGCUGAUACGUUUGCCCCCUCCACCUCUCUUCCUAUGAACAAAAUAGAAGAUGGUCCUACCGAUCCAGCAAAGAAACGCUGCAGUCUAUACUCUAGUCUCCUUGAAAACGUUCCCCAGGAAAAUGACGGCAGCCAUACGGAAGCCUCAAUAAAAAGUAAACCUGCCGGCAUUAGUAAUGCUGCUCUUACUAAAAUGGUUGAAGAUUCAGGACUCGAGCUAGAACUCAAGAAAUUAACUUCAGCCAUUGAUGAAGCCGGAUUGGAUCCCAGCGAAUUAUCCGAUACAAUGGGAGAUCCGGAAGAUGCCGAGGAAACCCUCACGUCGCUUCUCGACGAAAUCGAUUUUCUCAAUCAACAUUUAAAAGAUACAGAUGAUAAUUACGGCCCCAAUUUUUCCCUUUCGGAUACGGCAUCCCAUCGCGGCCUGAGUAAACUUGCAGAUGGAGAUUCGUCUCUUUUUUCUUUUGGUCAUUUCAAGGAAGCGGCUGAAAUAAAAGAAAAGCCCGCUCCCUUCAGUCCUCUUUUUAUGCAUUUAGAAGAGGGGGAAAUCCUGGAUAGUAUCAAGCAUAACGAAGAAGCGGGGAGUACGGUUUCUUAUGGGGGUGCAAGAAAGGGUCCCCCUCCGACCGAUGCGGUGGGAACACAAAGUGGGCUUCUUCAGCCUCCUGCUACUUUGUUAACUCCGCAAAAGACAGACAAACCUGUGAACUCUUGCCCAGAUGUGUUUUGGAGACCAAUGCCCAAGCUGGCACCGCUUGGAUUAAAGUCUCAUCCAAUACCCACUGAUCAGAGGGCUCUGGCGAACAAAUCAAUGCCAUCCUUGGCGUCGGUGGCAGUAAGACUAAGUUCACCGAAAACUACAAAUUAACCCUUUCUUUUUUUUUAUUUUUAUUUUUUUUUUUGUACUUUAGUAACGCCAAGAUUGUUUGUUUGUUUUUACUUCUUGGUGUGUACCCAUCAAAAAACAGUCCUAUACGGAAAAACAAUCCUCUAUCUACUUGAACUGACACUUUGCAUUAUAUGUACAGAUAAACAGCAGCCCGUUCACAUUGUAGGUGCAAGGCACUAUGAUAUUUGUAUGUAUGCUGCGAUCCACAUGAAUUUUUGCUGACACUACUUGUAUAAAUAUGUCGUUGUAGAAAAUGCCGCUUCUGCAAGUUGACUCUAAACACACCUCUUCCUGCUCAGCUAAAGACUUUAGGGCUGUGUUUCCAACUCAGUGUGCCUCCAG